UAUCUGCAUACAUUGGAUUAUUUGUUAAAUUACAACGAGUGCCUGGGAUUCGGUAUAAGCCCAGACGACUCAGUCCGCCACUCAGGCCAUACGAUCACAAACUGCGGUGACAACUUCUGGUCAUGGUUCGCCUGCAAGUUUCCCGUUAGUCCCGAUGACACUUUACCACAGAUGCCGGUGUUGCUCACAGCCAACUGGUCAGUGGACGUCUUGCAGUGUCCGUCACUCCACUACACACACACUUUCCUCGCUUGUGAUGUCAAGAGUGAGUGCUGGGCGGACAAGUACGACAACUCUAAGACAUGUAGUACUCCUCUGUCGUCACGUCCUCCUUUGUUCUCGUGUAUCAACGAGAUUCAACGUGUACCCUACUCCCUUGUGUGCGAUCAUCGUUCUCACUGCUCCGAUGACAGUGACGAGAAGUUCUGCAUCUUUCCUUCAUGUCCUCGGAAAACGAACGUUUUUGAGUGUGACAACAAACAGGACGAGACGGCGUGUGACACCUACACCUGUCCCGGCUACUACCGCUGCCGCUCGUCCCACGUCUGCCUCCAUCCUGAUCACGUGUGUGACGGUUGGCCACAGUGUCCUGAGGGAGACGACGAGCUGCUGUGUGGCCUUUCUUGUCCUGACACGUGUGUGUGUCACGGACUGGCCUUCACCUGCAUUAAGAGGUUUGCAGCUUCCAGUUACUUACAACUGCGGUUUCUUGAUGCAAGUGGCUCGGGGAUGACCCCCAGCGAUGUUGUCAACAACACCAUGAUCGUUUAUCUCAGCUUUAACAACUGUAACAUCAGUGUUCUCGAACAAAUGAACUUGGCUAACCUUCAGAUCCUUGACCUAAGUGACAAUUAUAUUACCUCAUUCAGUUCUAAAAUAAUUGAAAACCUACAUAAUCUGAGGACAUUAAGUCUUGCAGUCCUUAACGGUUUUCUCUUCUUGCUUAUUACUGCUGGUCAGGUUUUCAUCUUCUGGUCUGUAAGAGUCAACAUUAUGACAGACACAUCCAAGAAGACCAAGGACCUGACCAUCGCCCGUCGACUGAUGACAGUGGUUGUGUCUGACUUUUGCUGCAAGUUCCCCGUGGCCUUGCUGGGACUUCUAGCGGCCCGCGGCACGCCAGUCUCUAGUGAGGUCAUCGUCGCUCUCGUCAUCUUCGUUGUUCCCCUCAACUCCGCUCUCAACCCCUUCCUGUACACAUACAACGUCAUGAAGGAGCGCAGGCGCAAGGCGAGAGAAGAGAAAAUGAGAAAGUAUUUUAUGUCACUUACCAAAUAG